AUGACCUUCCAAGUCGAUAACCUUGCUACGAAAACUCUUUAUGUAACGGCUGUCUAUGCCGCUAACACAGCUGAAGAGAGAAACGACUUGUGGAUUGAUCUACUGAAUAUCCAAUCCUCCCUUUGCCUUACUGAUCAUCCAUGGCUAGUAGGAGGAGAUUUUAAUGAAAUAACUCAUCCCGCAGAGCACUCAGACCCCUCAGUAUCAACUAUCACCCCACCCAUGUCUGUCUUCAACUCCUGUCUAAGCCAACUAGAAAUCAGAGACCUCCGAUAUCAUGGCGCCAGAUUCUCGUGGUCCAAUAAAUGCCCUGAAGACCCUAUUGCCAAGAAACUUGAUAGAGCGCUCAUAAAUGAAGCCUGGCUUGAUUCCUUCCCCCGUAGCCUAGCCCGCUUCCUCCCACCUGAUAUCUCAGACCACACUCCCUGCUGUAUCACCCUCGACUUCCCCCUUCCCCUUGCUGGUACCAAACCAUUCAAAUUCUUCAACUACCUAACAUCCCACCCUGAUUUCCUCGCCCUGGUUGCAGAAGCUUGGAUCUGCACAGAAAAUGAGAUCCACUCUCUUCAUCUUUUGAGUGUACUCGCCUUGCAGCAACCGACCUCAACAAAUUUCGCAGCAGAGAGAGAGCUGUUAGCCAAACUGAACCUGUUAAAGAGAGUAGAGGAGGAGUAUUUUAAGCAGCUUUCCCGCAUAAACUGCCUCAUCUCCUCAAGACAUCGGAAACCUAGCAGUUGCUCACUUCCACAGCAUCCUUGGGCCUCAAACCCCAAAACCACUCUCUCCAUGAUCGCUCAGGUUGCUAAUAUGAUCCGGUCUGACAGAUUCUCCUGCUCCCCUGCCCAAGCGACCCUCCUCUCGAAGAUCCCUACGCCAGAUGAUAUCACAAAGGUUAUGUUCAGGCUGAAUCAAAACAAAAGCCCAGGACCAGACGGUUUUACAUCGGGGUUCUAUAAAGCAACCUGGAACAUACUCGGAUCUGAGGUAAUAAACGCCAUCACCCUUUUCUUCCAAACCUCAACCCUACCAAAAGCAACAAACUCGACUAUCCUCACCCUUAUCCCCAAAUUCCCUGGAGCUACUAUCAUAAAAGACUACAGGCCCAUCUCUUGUUGUAAUACCCUCUACAAGGUGAUUUCCAAACUCUUAGUAGCCCGCCUAAAACCCCUUCUGCCUGCCAUCAUUCUACCUAAUCAAACCGCCUUCAUUAAAGGUAGAUUACUAGCAGAAAAUUGCCUCCUGGCAGCAGAAAUCGUCUCUGGCUAUCACAACCACAGGGGUCAAAAGAAGCUUACCCUCAAGAUAGAUAUUGCCAAGGCGUUUGAUUCUGUGAGAUGGGACUAUCUCCUAGCCUGCCUCAAAGCUCUCAAUCUGCCUAGUGAUUACAUCCAAUGGCUCUCAACCUGCUACUCCUCGCCAACCUUCUCUGUGGGUAUUAAUGGAAGACUCCAUGGCUUCUUCAAUGGCACAAGGGGUCUUCGUCAGGGAGAUCCACUCUCCCCAUACCUGUUUGGCAUUGUCAUAAACACACUAUCUCAAAAACUGAAUGAAGCUGCCCAAUCGGGUCUUAUAGGAUAUCAUCCCAACUGUAAAGAUUCGAAUCUCACUCAUUUGUGUUUUGCAGAUGACUUAUUAAUCUUCACUGAUGGCUCUAUAACCUCAGUCCAAGGUGUGCUCCAAGUGCUCAGCGAUUUCGAAGCUCUCUCCGGUCUCUCCAUUAGCAUCGCAAAAUCCUCCAUUUUCACCAGCGGGUUGACUGAAGCGGAAACAGAGUCCAUCAUUGCAGUGUCGGGGAUCUCAGAGGGCUCGUUGCCCGUCCGAUACCUAGGCCUACCUCUAAACUCAAGGAAGCUCUCUAUGACCCAAUGUGAACCUAUGAUGCAACAAAUCAGAUCAAAAAUCAGUGCAUGGACAUCAAAAUACCUAUCUUUUGCGGGACGACAAGUACUGAUAUCAACGGUCAUAGCAGGAAUUACAAACUUCUGGUGCGGGGCGUUUGUCUUACCUAAAGAAUGCAUUCAUGCGAUUGAUAAGAUGUGCAAUGCCUUUUUAUGGAAAGGAACGUUGGAGGGAAGAUACGUGGCGAGAGUCGCAUGGGAUACGGUCACUCUACCGAAGAAGCAAGGAGGUCUUGGCCUUCGCAACCUGGAGCAGUGGAACAGAACUUGCACAAUAAAGCUCCUCUGGCUCCUGUUAUUCAGAACCGAAUCAAUAUGGGCAGCUUGGAUUCACGAUAAUGUCAUAAAGGAUGAAAGCUUCUGGCAUAUGAAGCCAAGACAGAAUCAUACCUGGUUGUUCAAACAGAUACUGCAGGAGAGGCAAACUGCUUUGCAAUGGUUUCAGUUCGAACCUGGCGAUGGAACUGACAUCAAAUUUUGGAAGGAUCCCUGGACCAAGUUUGGUAAGCUCAUCAACUUUAUAGGAACUACAGGACCUCGCCUCACUGGUAUUCAUCUUGACGCCUCUGUUGCUGACGUCUGGAGAGACGGAUGCUGGCAAAUCCAAUCGGCCAAGUUCUCCAAUUUGGAUUACGGAUGGAAGAAUCCAAAGACGCUUCUCAAGUUCCUAUGUGUAUCACUCCCUGCUGCCGCAAACUCCAGACGUGCCUUGGUUCCCACUCAUCUGGAACAAGAGAGGUAUCCCAAAACAUCAAACUCUUGCUUGGUUGAUGUUACUGAACCGGAGCCCAACUAG